AUGGAAGUUAAUAUGAACGAAGUCAUUCCAUUCAGUUGGCUUUAUGCUGACGAGCAUAUUCCAGAUGAACUCUAUGCGUUUGUUCGAAAUAAUUUAGUAGAUCAACUGGAUACUUGUCUACACAGUCUUACCAAUCCAAUCGAAUAUUUGACGGCUCUAAGUUGGCAUGGAGAAGAAAAGUUAAGUUUAUUAAUGGUAGCUGCUCUUCAUGGACAUGAUGAAAUAGUGCAAGUUUUGCUUGCUCACUGUCAACCUCAAUAUCAGAUGGAGUUAGAAGGAAAAGUAGCUAUCUCGGAAGGAAAUUUUAUUGAUAACAUCACAGCACUUCAGUGUGCUUGUUACCGUGCACAUUUCACUGUAGCUAAAACUUUGAUUGAUAUCGGCUCUGCCGAUGUUAAUCAUGAUAAUGAUAAAUGGCCAUACUAUCCAUUACUUAUUCAAGCUAGUGCAGAAAAUCGUCUUGAUAUAGUUCGUUUUCUUAUUGAAAAUGGUUACUCUAAUGUUAACGAAACUCAAUCUAAUGACAGAGAUCGAUGUACCGCUUUGAUAUGGGCUGCUUUCAAAGGUCACGCAUCUAUCAUCGAAUAUUUAAUUGAAAAAGGUGCUGACGUCAACUACUCCUGUAAAAGUGAUUGGUCUCUUGCACCAACACCAAUCACGUGUGCUGUUCUUCUAGGUAAUGUCAAUGCAGUACAACUGCUAUGCAAUGCAGGUGCGAACACAAGCGCCAAGUUUACGAAUGGUGCAACACUUCUUAUGACUGCUUUGAAACACAGUCAUUUUGAUGUGAUCGAUUUUCUAAUCAAGCGAUCAAUAGCUACGAUCGAUGAUCUCGAACUUACUGUCUGUUUAUUAGUUGAUACCAACCCUUCAAUGAACCAGUUGCGUAACGCGUCGAAAUUCUUCGUUCUCGCUAUGAAAUACCGUGAAUCCAAUCAGACUCCAAAAGUUCGUAUAAAACCAACUAUUGCUUACGAGUAUCAUCAAGAAUGUCAGACAUUUGAGGAACUUGAUGCUAUAAAAAAUGAUCAUGAUCGAAUGUGGAUCGAAAUAUUACUCAUUCAAGAGCGUAUUAUGCUUCCACGAAGUGAUUGUAGUUUAAUGAGAUCGUUGCUGGCUCGUGGUGAUGUAUUAGUAUCCAAAAGUUCUUGA